AUGCAAGACACAGAAAGGAAAAAGGAAAAAAUGAAAUUUAAGUUAAACAGCGGGGAGAAAAAGAACCUCAUCAGCGUAAGCAUUAGAAAAAAUGACCAGAGUGCCAGGAGCAAUCACAUAAAUGGGAGCAACAGCCCCCAUGUGAGUAGUGCCAACAUGCCAAGCAACAGCAUAAGUGGGGUGGCUAAGAGAAGCCCUUUGGAAAAAGGACCCGUAAAGGGUGUGUCCAAAAAUAUAAAAAUAAACCUCGCGGGGUCAAAGGGCAUUAUGCAAAAAAGCGGGAUGACCACCAAUCGAGUAAAUCACCCAAACUCGAACAAUUCUGUAACAAAAGACAACAGUAGCAGCAGUAGCGUUAGUCAUGCGAAGCACAUCGGCGGUAAUGUCACCUCCCCCGGAAAGGCGAGCACCCCGAACAACGCUAGCAACGACAACAAGUACUACAGCUCGAACACCAAUCCCCACGAAAACACAACCUUCAACGAAAGUCUAAACCUACACGACAAUGUAAACUUUAACGAAAGCUUAAGCCUCAGCGACAGCACCAACCUGAAUGGCAGUCUGAACAUGAACGGCAGCCUGAACAUGAACGACGCGGGCACCAAUUGUGAAAACCUCAACGGCACAGCAAAUGUUAGCGAGUACGUGAGUAGCGGUGGAAGCGGCGUUGCGGUAAACGCGCCAAGCGGUGGAGGGGUGCAACUACGCCACGGAAACAAGUCCCUCUUCAAAAGUAACCUAAAAAUAUACUACAAAAAUGAGUUAAUCCCCUUUUCGUUCCUCUACCAUAAAGUCCUAACAAUAUUAAAGUCGCACUAUACUAACCAUAUUACGAACAACCCAGGAGUGGCAAACAAAGGCAUAUCAUUUUUCCACAUAGAAAACAUGUUAAUAAAUUUAGGGUUCAAAGGGGUAGACAUAAGUAACCAUGCUUUGCUAAGCUACUUGGCUUCAUCAAAGCAAAUAAAAGUUGAUUUAAAUGAAAAAAGAAUUUGCUACGUGAAUCCCUAUGUAGAUAUAACAAGCGUCACUUCCUUGUUAAACAAAAUAAACAAACAUGGGUUUCUGUACGGAUACGAAAUUAAUGACGAUUUAAUUAAUACCAAUAAAAACAUUUACAAAUGGAUUAACACUUUGCUUUAUGAAAAAAAAGUUCGUUGUAUACGAUCGAAUAACAGCCAUUUGAGAGGAAAAUUAAAGUGCAAACAUUUGCCAUCCUUUUGUGAUAUCUAUGCAAAAAAUAAAUGUGAUAACUGCUUUUACAAUUUAAAGGGAUAUAUCUUCUUCCCUCUUUCUUAUGAACACAUAGAACAGCAGCGCUACUCCAUCACCAACGAUAUUAAAAACCUCUGGGACGAAAUUACGCUGCCCAACCUUGACGACAUUUUAAAAGAAUACAAAUUGAAGUCCACCAACAAAGUUUUCGUGCAUGACAAUGCCCCCAAGAGGAAAAACAAGGAGGACAAGUUCGCGCCCGUCGUUAAGAAAAUGAAACGGAUUUACAACACACACUUGUUCACGGCCGACGAGAUCAAAAAUGAGUUCAUACAGAAGAAGUGA